GCGUGUAUCGUGCAGUUUUUAGAUCUAAUUUAUAAAAUAAUUAAAUAAAAUAAUCUGUUAGGUAUUUGACAUUAUUCUGUUUUUAUAAAUAAUAUACUUUAAAUAUUCGUCUUUAUGACAAGUAUCAUUUUUGAAAAGUUGUAUAUUGUAAACAAAAAUAUUGUAAAUUUACAACCAAAAAAGUUUUUACCAUUUAUGAAAAUGAGUGUCUUUACACAAUGGUUGAAUCCAUUGAUAGGAAUUCUCACUUGGGAGGAAAAGCACUCAGACUAUGAUUAUCAUCAGGAAAUUGCCAGAUCUGCGUUCGCCGAUAUGUUACAUGAUGAGGAGAGGAAUAAAAAAUAUUAUUCUGCUCUCAAAUCGGCAAUUGAUAAAAAGCACAAAAACGGAGAAGAAGCAAAUGUUCUGGAUAUUGGAACUGGAACCGGAUUAUUGUCAAUGAUGGCAGCAAAAUGUGGUGCUGAUUCUGUGAUAGCUUGCGAAACUUUUAAACCAAUGGCGCUUUGUGCUGAGAAAAUAAUCAAAGCCAAUGGAUUUGACAAUAUAAUAAAAUUAAUACACAAACCAUCGACUGCAUUGACUGUUGGCAAAGAUGGAGAUAUUCAAAAACGUCCUAAUAUUUUGGUAGCCGAAGUAUUUGACACGGAAUUAAUAGGAGAAGGUGCUCUAUCAACUUUUCAUCAUGCCAGUCACGUUUUGCUAGAAGAAAACAGUAUCGUUAUACCGUCGAAAGGCACAGUUUGGAUACAAGUAAUUGAAAGUGAAUUGGUGAAAAAUUGGAAUAAAUUAAAUACUAUUCGAGACAAUGAUGGACGAAUUUUAUUUGAGACAAAUUAUUCUUUGAACAAAUGUUACGGAUCUGCUGUUGUUCAAGAUUUACAACUCAGUCGAAUAUCGCUCGAGAGUUUCAAACCCUUAUUACCUCCGCAAAAAAUAUUUCACUUUGAUUGGUCUGGAAAAGUACCUUUGCAAUUUGAUGAAAAAACUUCCGUUCCUGUGAAACCGAUUGCAAAUGGUAAAGCGCAUGCUGUAUUUAUGUGGUGGGAUAUACAAAUGGAUACAGAAGGAGAGAAUAUUCUUAGUUGUGCGCCUGUUUGGGAGCAUCCUUUUGUAAAAUCUGACGUUGAAAAAGGAAUAGAUCAGGAUUUGUUAACUCGGAAAAUACCUUGGCGAGAUCAUUGGAUGCAAGCAAUUUAUCACUUACCAGCAGAAACUCCAAUUCAAAUGAAUCACGAAGUCAGUCUCAUUGGAUGUCACGACGAAUAUUCCUUUUGGUUUAAUUUAAAAAACGAUCUAGAAGUGAACCCCGAGGACUUUGAAAUACCCUCGUGCAAUUGUUGUCUGCAUUUAGCCUACACGAGAAAUCGAAUUAGUCAAUUAAAUGACUCGUGUAGAAAUGGAAAAUACAUUGAAAUGCUGAGGAGAAAAAUUAAUUCCAGCACGACGUGUUUAUGCAUCUCAGAGGGAUCUUUAUUAGGUAUAAUUGCCGCUAAAUUUGGCGCAAAGAAAGUAAUUGUUUUUGAACCAACUGCAAUAUCGAGAAGAGCAAUGGAGACAUUUGUCGAAGCUAAUAAUUUAACGGACCAAAUAGAAAUUAUCAGUUCGUUGAAUGAUUUUCCCACGGAUAGAAAAAUUGAUUUCAUUAUUGGCGAACCAUUCUUUUUGACUUCCAUUUUGCCCUGGGAUAAUUUGCGAUUCUGGUAUAUUGGGUCAAAACAUUUUCCAAAUGUGCCAAAAUUUCCAGUGCAAGCGACAAUACACGCUGUUCCCAUGGAGUUUAUAGAUUUACAAAAAAUCCGCACGUCAAUUGGUGAUUGCGAAGGUUUCAAUUUGUCGAUAUUCGAUGAAUUGGUACAGGAUUCUAGUGAAAAAAGUGAUUCCCCAGUCGAAGCACAACCUUUAUGGGAAUAUUUUGGAAACGCUCUUAGUUCGCCAUUCGAAGUAGCAAAUUUUGACUUGGCUGAAAAUGUUUUAGAAAAGAAUCAAGAAUCUCUAACCGGAAAUAUUAAAUUCGAAGUCGAUGGAUCGUGCAACGGAAUCGCACUAUGGAUAGAUUGGAAACUAGACAAUGAUAUAAUUAUAUCCUCAGGACCGCAAGAAAUUAUAAAACCAGGCGAACCAAUAAUUUGGGAUCAGCACAUAAAGCAAGGUGUUCAUUUACUAAAAAAUACAAAAAUUGUAAAAUCCAAAGAUACACUUUCCUGGUCUUUUGACUUUAAACCAAAAGAAGGAUUCAUGAAAUUCGAAUUUCACGUAAACGAAACGUCUUAAUUAAUUGUAAGUUGUUUUUUUUUAUAAAAAAAUAUACUUUUAGUUAAAAAUAAACGUAUUUUUUACACUUCAAUUUUUUUCUAUAUUUAAACAUUAAAAACUACAUGUUGUUGGUUAUUUUUUACAAUUUUUUUGCUUUCCUAGUUUUGUAUAAUACUUUUGUGAGGGAAUUUUCAUUUUUAAAUUACUCAUAUCAUUAAAAUGAAUAGCUUGAAAAUGUUUUAAAUGCAUAAACUUUGGUUAUUUUAUUGGUAAAAACUUAAUAUUUGACAGAUUCUCGAUUUACAGAGGAAUUCAUGCAUGUCGAUUUAAUUUUUUUUAUAUAUGAAAUUAAAAAUAACGCUUACAAAAGAAAAAUCAUAUCUGGACUCUAAAAUUUGUUCUUUUCACAAAAGUCUUUUUUUUAAAUUUAAUAUAAACAGAAAUUAAUUGCAAUUAAGAUUCUAAUUUUGCCAAAAUAUCCAAUUCACGGAAAAGAUGAAAUU